AUGAAGCUAGCACUGUGCCAUCGCUCUUCAUCUGCUCGUGCUGACGGAUGGACUGCUCGGCUAGAGGCAAGGACAGAAAGUGAAACAAACCGAGAAAAGCACUUUCGUGAACGACAGGAUUUCCUUAGGCAUCUUCCAGAAAAAAAUAAUACCGCUCAAAAGGACAAUGUUUUAUAUUUAGGAAAAUUGGAAAUUAUCAACAUUGUAAAGUCAGUGUGUCCAAUUCGUCUUAUCUCACGGCAGAAGAAACAAAAUUUUGAUCCAGUGUAUUGGACACUCUUACUGCUGCUGGUGUCGAGCCUACUCAUAUGGGAGAAAGCUGCAUCAAUUCCCGAGUGUCACACAAAAGAGGGGGGCUGCUGGGACCCGCUUGUGGAAACCUUUAACAGUGCCAUCAAACGAGCAGAAACCAUCCGGGAUGUGGCUGAGCAAAUGCAUCAAGAGUUUCUCGAACUAAUGGUGAAGAGGUUCCCACCUGUUGUCAGUGCCAGACUAAACUGCCACUCUAAUGCCACAGUACAUCCAGAUCUGGGAGCUGAACCCACAAAUAUCAAGACCAAAAAAUUUUUGAAAUCAUUGAUCCAUUUUAUGGGUGCCUGGAGCAGGCCUCUAUACCAUCUCGUGAUUGAACUGAAUGCCACGCAAAAUGUCCCAGAAAGUGUACUUUCAAAAGCCAAUACUAUUGAAGAGAACAACAGAGAACUGCUGGAUGACCUUAGGUGGAUACUCACCAAGGUAUUUCCUACAGCAAAGAUAAAGGAAAAAGAUCCUGUCUGGGACUAUCUUUCAUCAUUGAAAUCAAAUGACAAAAUGUAUAAAUUUUUGGCAAUGUUUAACCUUUCUUACUGCCUACGCACAGAUAUAUUGCACACUGUACGUCAUCUGAGAACAUUGAAGUGUCGAAUAACUGGGAAAGACUGCUAA